CUGCAGUCACUUCUCAGAAAUGACUCGUCAGUACUCAGGAGCUGAGACUGACUGAAGUCUGUAAACCUGAACAAGAAAACUACAGAGGACUAAAAUAAAGCUGUGAUUAAAAAUGUCUCCCUGGUUCAUCCAUCUGCUUCUGCUGCUCCUCAUGACUGCCCACUCGGCUCAGAGCACAGCCACCAGCUGUGAUGCUUGUCACAAACUGGCUCGCUGCCUCACCUCCAUCCAUGACAACAACGUUGAGACUGUGGACGUGUCCUGCCGCUGUGAGGACAGUGUGGUGGGAGACGGCUUCAUCUGCUACAACAAAACCACCUGCAAUAGUGACUGCUGUGGAAGAGGCUACCGCUGGUCGCCGCUGCAGGGCUGCAUAGACAUUGAUGAGUGUUCUCUGACUCCCCCUCCCUGUGGUCCCGGCCAGCUCUGCGAAAACACCCCAGGCUCCUUCUCCUGCCUGGUGAGUCCUGUGCCACAGCACCACACUGCUGCCAUAACUGAACCCCACUCAGUGGUUUUUGCCUGUGGGAACACUCAGUGCCCUGUUGGCCAGGACUGCCUUCAGGUGAACGGUGCAGCUCGCUGCACAGACCCGUGUCAGCACUAUACUCCAUUACGAGACGCCUGGAGAGCCACGGAUUUCAAGGUGGACUCAGCAUCUGCAGUCUGUGACAAUAGAGUUUGGCAGGGCUGGUACCGCCUAUACAUCGGUAACAACGGUGUACAGAUGCCGGAGAGGUGCAUUGAGAAAUACAUGUGUGGGACCCAUGCACCACUGUGGCUGCAGACUCCCCACCCACAGAAGUCUCAUGGCAUCAUACAGGGGAUGGUUUGUGGCAGCUGGGAGACAGGUUGCUGCCAUUUCAAGUCCAACCCCAUCCAUGUGAAAGCCUGCCCAGGAAACUACUACGUCUACAAGUUUGUAAGCCCAAAUACGUGUCGGCUAGCUUACUGUGCAGAUGUCAACACCAUAGUGUGUAACACCUGUACUGAAAAUCAGACCUGUGUGAGCGAUGACAAGGUCAACUGGAGGUGUGAACGUAACGAACCAGAGUUGGAUUGUGGACAGGACCACCUGCGAGUGAUGAUACCGAAGAGGGUGCUGCAGGAACAAGGGCUGAACGCCUCCUCUGCUCACCUGAGUGACCCAAGCUGCCAUGAGCAGGUCGACCACCAGGGAGAGAUGUGGUACCUGGUGGAGCGAAGGAAGGAUGUCUGUGGGAACGUGGUGAAGACAAACGGUACCCACAUUAUGUACUCCAACAUUUUGUUUGUGUACCCAUCUGAUUGGACCAAUGCCUCUCUCCCCAUCCCAAUGAGCAUCCCUUUCUCCUGUACCUUCCCACUAGAUGAUGUUCUCAGCCUCAAUAGUGCCAUUCGAUACCAGCUGCCGGGUGGUAGUGUUGGCAUGGUGCGUUCAGGUGACCCCAUCAGAGCUACAAUGACUCUGUACAGGGGGCCGGAUUACAGCCAGCCUUUUCCUGCUGGCCCAGUCAGCCUGCCACUCGGCUCUGCCCUGCAUGUUGGUGUCUCUGUGGAGAACAAUGACAAUGGACGCUUUGUCCUCAUUUUGGAAAACUGCUAUUUCACAAACACACCCAGUGCUGAAGAUCCUGUCCAAUAUGCCCUGAUCCAGAACAGGUGUCCGGUCGACCGUCGUCAUGUGACGGUGGGUGAAAGCGGGCUGUCGCAAAGGGCUCACUUCUCGGCGCUGCUCUUCCUGUACCAUGGGACAUAUGACGACGUUUAUCUACACUGCAGAGUCUCUCUAUGUGACCUGGACAGCGCCCCCUGUCGCCCUAACUGUUCCAGACGACAGGCUCGGUCCACUGCAGCCUCAUCCAAUCAGCUUCCAGUCACUGUUGGACCAAUCAGCUGGUUCUGAGGAGCAGAGUGAGUUCAUGUCCUGCUGGGAAUCAAACCUUCAGCUCAAAUCUUCAAACUCCAUUAUCCUGGUCAAUUCUUGCUCCUGAUUUGAAUCAUUUUCUUACUGUGAAACUGAAAACCACAAAACUAUCAGAUAAAGCAGAAUAUUUGCAGAUGCUUUGUGAGUAUGAAACAAAAUAAAGAGAAAACGUGAUCAACUGUAA